CACCCAGACUGCGCGGAAGAUUUUGCUUGACGUCGAUUCUUUCCUUUCAGUGAAUGGAAGAGCUCUCCAUCACUGCAUUGAGAGAAAACAAGGCACUUCUAUCUUUCUGUUAUGCUGGCCUCGUUAACGAGACUUGUCCUCCUCUUCACCUCCUGACGUUCCAGCAUUGCUAUUCACUAUACGGUCUUUGUCAACCAUUGCAAUACUUCAAAAACAACUACAACAUGUUUCACACGCAAGGUCCUCUCCGAGAAGAGGACCGAGCAGCGCCAUACGAGGCCCCUUCUCGAUCCGAGAAUCGAAUGCCUUCUGCCACCCUCCCCUCCAAUUACCAGUAUGAUGCGCAGAGCUGGAGCUACGGAUGGGACAAUGGUGUGAUGGGCGGUACGGGACGACCGGGAUCUCUCAGUCGUAGAGCUGGACUUCCUACUAACUGGAAUCUCUGGACGGAUCCCCAAAUUCAACAGCAGUCGCGGACUAUGGAGAGUUAUGAAAUGAACGGUCAAUUUUCCUCUCAGGCGACGCAGGAACCUCAGUGUGGCUCGCUUCCUGUCCCGGAACUCGAGAACGAUGAUCUUAUCCCGACCGCUCUUGUUAUGAAAAACAUACCUUUCGCGGUCCAAAAAGCUGAGCUCGUUAAUAUCAUGUCUGAUUUGCAGCUACCCGUUCCCUAUGCCUUCAACUACCACUUUGACAACGGCGUCUUUCGUGGUCUUGCUUUUGCAAAUUUCACGACUCCCGAGGAGACAAAACUCGUUAUUGAUGCCAUGAAUCACAUGGAGCUGCAAGGUCGGAAGUUGAGAGUGGAGUACAAGAGAAUGCUUCCUGCUAAAGAGCGGGAACGAAUUGAGAGGGAAAAGCGAGAGAGGCGUGGGCAAUUGCAGGAGGAGCAUCCUUCCAUGGUUUCUUACCAAGCUCAUUACUCACUUCAUCGCCAAACUUCAACGGCCUCUUUCACUCCAAUAGAUAUAGAUCUUAAUGACCCAGUAACACUAAGAUUCUAUAAUGAGCUCUUGGUAUUCAAGAACUCCGAUCGAGAGACUUUGAGCUUUCCAAGCACAGUCUCUCCCGCUGACCGCAGGAUCAUCCACACUUUGGCACACCAUAUGGCCCUUGAGCAUUGGUCCGAAGGGGAAGAAGAGACACCAUUCGUUCGUGUUUCCAGGCAAAGGGUCCAUUCGCUCAGCUUGCAUAGAGCUAGCAGUACUGGAGAACUCUACCGAAGACGAGAUUCUGCUUCGAGGCAAUCACCUAGGUCAGGAAUGUACUCCGGAUAUGCAGGAUCCAACCACAGCGCUACUAGUAUCCGCAGUCAUGGUAGCAAUGACAGCUAUACUUGCUCCGUCCGUUCAGCUCGUGGUAUACCAGAUCCAGACUCAGAUACUAGAUACAGCGGCUUGGAACAGCGUUCUAGAAGCGUUGGCAACAACGCCAGUCCACGUGAUUUGUCUCCGCUCGAGCCUCGAAGACGCUCUACACAUGAAAUAAACGGUAAUGGUGAAGCAGUGGAAUCGUCUGGAGAAAAUUAUCAAACGUGGGAGGAGUUCUGUGUCUUGCAACUUGUUGCAUUCCUUCAAGUCUGCACAUUGGACGACGUACAUACUCUGACUCAGUCUCCAACUUUGCUGGGAAAGAGGUUCAUACUGUAUCUGAAGCGCAUGAUCAGCCAAGAAGGAAAGACCGAUUUUCUAUCAUAUCGAGCUUCUCCACGACCUGGUCAGCCGGAAGCUCAAUUGCAACUACUUCAUCAGAAGAGCUUCUUCUCACAGUCUAGGACGUCGAUUCGCUCAUACAGUUCUCGCACCUCGCAGAGCUCCACGUCAACAGCGAGUUCAUUCUCAUCGCAAAUUUCUGAUGGCACAACCCUAAACCAUGUACAACAAGAGGCGAAAAGUCUCCAUGACUGUCUAGCCAAGAUUCAGAAGAAAUUGAAACAUCUCGAGAAAGAGCUCCAGGGGAUACGAAUUAGCAAAGGCCAGGAUCAUCUUGCCGCCGAGUUGCAAACUUUGGCGGGACUUGUAGAGACUAUCAAAACAGCUAUCGAAUGGCUACGUUCAAACGAAGAAGAUCUAGGGCUCUUAGGAUUCUCGGAUGUGUUUCUACUUUUCGCCAAAUUUCAUCGCGAGUUUGUGACCUUUUACAAGGAGCUACAGAAGUUGAAACGACAAAACAGGGCUUCAAGAGUCUUGAGGCCGGGACGCGCAAAGCAUGAAGGUGAAGAGAGGCGCUUGAAAUACGUCGAAAUAGAGCAGGCAUUGAAUCAUAUGAAGAGUGAAAUUGUUGCUGAUUUGGAAGCUGCCGAAAUUCAGAAGGCCGCUUUUAUCGCUGCAGGAAACCCAUAUGCGUCUGAUUCGAUCUCAGAAGCGGUCGCUGAUCUAGGAUACGCUCCUCAUGACACGUUUGCUGGGUCCUUCCUUAUGACGAGACAGUUUAUCAAGAUCGACGAUCCUAGAAGAUUUCAAGGGUUCUUCAUAUGCGAGUGCUGUCCGAAGAAGCCAAAGAAAUUUGAGACGGCGGAAGAGUUGAGGUGAGUUCUUGCAGUCUGCUGCCAA